AUGAGGAUCCCAUCGAUGCCCACGUGCUCGGUUUUGUUAUGGUGGAUACUCAUUCCGCCAUGUGCAGCGAUUGAGUACUUGCACCCAAUGUUAUAUCUCGACCUUCGUGAGGAUGAGGUCGGAUGCGCGGCGAGUGACCUGAGGUUGGUCUCGCGCGUCGGACAUGUUUGGAAAGUACUGUCACCAAUACACGUAUUAUUCGCGAAGGGUAAACGUAGAGCGCAGUCAGUUUCCGUGGCGAGAUUUGCGGACAGCAGGGAUCGUGUGCGAUGCACUACGGACGGCAUAGGUUUCCAGAACGCGAUUGCGAUGCAUUGCCAUAUGACGGCUUCUGGGCUCCCUGAGUUUCCAGAGGCGUGUCGGACUGCAAUGCGGCAUUUUUCGCCAGGCUUCUGCAAAUGGUACAAUGUUUCAAAGCAUGGUAUGCUAUCUUCGCCGCGAUUGGAAAAACAGUGUGGUAUGGCGCUUGGCGUCACGACGUCAAUAGAGUUCGAAAUUAUGGGAGAGGCCGACGUGGAUCGUAUGAGGCCGUCCAUAACGCAGGCGUUCUCGAAGUAUCGGAGGGAGCUUCAUUGGGUGUCGAUGCAUAAUACGGUUGAAAGCCGUGCGUUGCGGUACCGCUACGGAAAAUUCUUCACGCUUUGCAGUGAUUGCUUGGUCUCGUGUUGCGUCGAGUGUCGCAGAUGUACGCAACACGAUCAGAUCGACCUUCUUUGGCUUCUUCGGGACCUCCUGCCUGCUUCGAAAGCAAGGCAGCGGAGACUCUUUCCAACUUUACCAGCAAGCAAUAAUGUCACACUUCGUCUUCUAAAUUACGGUAGCGGCGCGCUAGAAGGCACCGACCCAAUGACAGCAAUUAUAUUGGACCAACGCGACUGGUUCGUUGAGGGGCUGUGCGUUGAUGCGAACCCAAGCAGAUUAGUUGAAGCUGAAGAGAAAAUAAUCGAAGCGGGUGUGCAUGGUAUGAAGGUAAAGCAUUCAAUAUUAUCCGCGGAUGUGGCGGCGAUCACAGAAAUCAUUGAUGACAGCCCAGCCUUGCGACAUGCACCAUUAGACAUUCUCAAAGUUGACAUUGAUUCCAUCGAUUUGGAAUUGACCAUCGCCACGCUCCGAAUAAUCGAGCAGCGAAGCGGUGCCGAUUAUCUUCCACUUGUUGUGGUCAUUGAAUUUGCCCCUUCCAUUCCCCCUCCGUUUCAAGUUCUGACUCGCGAUUGGCGUCCAAUGCUCAGCGGACGCGCGAUGCCUCUGCGAGAAGGGGUGCUCAAUUCCCUGAGCGCCAUCGUUGCGCAGUUGUGGCCCUUUGGGUACCGCCUGCAUCGUCUAGGAUAUUUGGACUUGGUAUUUGUUCGUGAGGCAGUUGCUCGCGAAGAAAAUGUGCAAGGCUUUGACGCACAAGACGAAUUCGCUUGUUAUCUGAAUCGUGAUGGUGUGGAGGCAGCAUCUGAGCUUGACCAGAGCUUUCGUUGGAUGACCAUGCAGAGUCUGGGAGCUGCGCAGGAAGAACUGUACGCAGUCCUAACGGAAGGGUUGCAGCGCUCUCGUCGCACGGAGCUCUCUGAUGCCAUCCCAAUUGACGAGCCGAUGCCUCCAUUUGGAAGUUAUGGGAUCGAGGUGGGUUUCGCGGUGCCACCCAGUGCAUGA